CGCUGCGAAUCGAUAGCGCAACUGCAGCGGCGCAACGCAUAGAUUCCCAUAGCACGAGUUUGCGACCCUUUUCAACCAGAGCUGCAGCGAGCGGCGCGCGUCAAUCAAAACGCAUCGUCAUCGUUUCGUCGAGUCGCAAUAUACCACUCUUGAGCUGGACGGCGAGCGGCGCAACUCUCGAAGCACAUCGACAUCGGUGCUUCGACAGAGGCGCGACGAUGCCCCGCAAGACGCCAAGCAAAAAGAGCCCAAAAAAACGGAGCACCAAAGGCAGCACCGACGACGACGAGCCCUCGACGAGCCUCGGUACCGUGUUCCGGGAGAGCGGCGGAUUAGCAGCUAUCGUAGCGGCCGCGGCCGUCGGCGUGAAAGCAGGAUAUGCGCACUACGUCCUCCUCGUCUUGGUACUCUACGUCGUGACCAACGAAGGAAGGAGAAACGCCGUCGUGCACUGGUGGUGCCGCGCCCUGAGGCCAUUCACGCCGAAUCAAAGGAGGGCGUUCUGGCUGCUGCAAUUCUUAUCGAUUUUUGCGGACAUCACGCGCUACGGCCCGGAGUUCAAGGAUUAUAUAAGAAAUGUAACCCUGGACCCGUGGCGGCGGCCUCAAUUAGUCGGCGCGGCCUGGCUCUGGUGCGAGGAGCGGGACCUGUCGCUGUUCGCGCCACCAUCUGGAAAGGGCGCCCUACCUUUGGUAGACUUGCUGGCUAGGCGUCUCACAAACGUGCCUUUGGAUCAAUGUCGGAGAAGGAUGACGUUGGUUGGUUGGGUGACCGGCGUGGGGCAUUUACUGGGCGUCGUCGGCGUCUUCCCGCGGUUAUCAGCACUCAUCGCCGGAUCAUCAUUGCUCUUCCUGCAAGCGUUGCAUCAGCUCGGGAGCGGUUCGAACCACCGGUGGUUAUUACCUUCAUUAUCAGCGUUAUGUCUAUCCAUAGACAAUAGAAAAGAAUCGUAUGGACGAAGACUUUUGUUAGUGCUCACGGUGGCCAUCUUCGCGAGCGCGGGCUACAUGAAGUUGUGUAAUGGCCCGGACUGUUCUAUGGAAUGGGCCUCGGGUGCAUCAUUGAGAUGGUCCCUCGCCAAACAAAACCCCGUCGAGAGCGGACUUUAUAUGAGAGAAUUGCUCCGUGAUUCUGAGUUGUUGGCGCGACUGGCGUCCAUUUCUACAUUAAUCGUCGAGUGCGGCGCGCCCCUCGCACUACUCGCCACACCCAAAAUCAGGAAUCUCCUGUGCUGGGCCUGGGCCGCCUUCCACGUGAAUAUAUUUAUUGCGAUGCCGAACGUCAAUUACUUACCGUCCGCCGUCGUGUAUCUUACGUUGUUGGUGGACUGGGGGUCACCUCAAGAACCCGUCAAAAGACGUGGAGGCUUCGUCAAGGCUAUACUGGGGUGCCUCGUCGUCGCAGCGGCCACCAUCACCACAGCAACUAGAUCACAGGCCUGGCCCUUCACGUGCCUGCCCAUGUUCUCGCCGAGACGAGACUCGUCAUGGAGCAAAGAAUGCAUGACCUUGAAUCAAACAAGAAUUUUUAUGAAAGAGCGCCAUGCCACGACGAUGGCGUCGCGGCAGUGGGCCUCGGUACUACUAACGUGGUACGACCCCGUGGACCACGUUAUUUUACAUGGGCCAUUUGCGGACGGCGGGCAUGAGUUACGCAAGUACGGGAAGCUGAUGCGGGUCUUGAGCGCGGAGUUGCGCUACCAGGAAGCACACGCGCGGUCGUACGACGGCGGGAGGGCGCCGGCCGCCUUCGCCUUGGAUGAUGCGAUCCUGGCCGACGCGUCGUCGCAGGAGUCGCUGGCGUCGUAUUGUGCGUAUGCCAACGCUACUGACGAACUGGCGAGGUGCGCUUCUGUCGCACAUCGGCUGAAGAAAGUGGCCGCUCCCUCGGAGAAACCAAAACCGAAGGCCGUGCUCGUGGCGGCUUCAUUAACGCACCGUCAGUGCGGCCCCGAGGGCCCGCGGGACGCUGUCGUCGCUGUUAGGCGUAUUGACGGCGCCGCUCCGUGCUCCAUACCGGGCGCGGCCCUCACAGCAUACUGGACGGCCGACGCCGAGAACGUGCCCGAAGGCCGGCAGCCGGCCCUCGACGUGACGCGAGCCUUCUGCCAGCAUCUCACGGGCAUCUCAAGGUACUAUUAACA